AUGGACACACCAAUAUCUGGCAAUAUUGAGGCCUCAAAAGGAGAAGCAACUAAUCAAGAGAUUCACGCCUAUCAAGAGCUUGUUGAAUCCGCCCUGUAUGCCUCUAUCAUGACACGGAUCGACAUUGCAAAGGCUGUCAACGAACUAGCUAAAUAUACAAAAAAUCCUUCAAUCGCCCAUUUCCAGCAGAUAAGGAGGGUUAUCCAAUAUCUUUAUAAUACUCGCUUCCUAGCUAUUGAAUUCUCACCACCACAAAAUCCUAAGAAAGACGCAUUUAUAUGUGCCUCAGAUGCCUCAUUUGGAGACAACCCCGACCAUACAAGUUCCAAGGGUUAUUUAGUCCAAAUAUAUGGGGGCUCAGUCGACUGGAGAGCCACAAAACAACGCCUAGUCACGACAUCAACCACCAAAGCCGAACUCCGAGCUGCCACCAAGGCCGCCAAGAGGCUUCAAGUUUGGAAACGUGUUUUCAGGUCAAUUGGCUUCAAGCCUGAUAGAGAGCUCUCUAUCCAAUGCGAUAACAAGCAGACUGUUGCACUAUUGACUAGUGAAGAACCGCAGUUUCGAACGAAUCUCAAACAUGUUGAUAUAUAUCAUCACUGGCUAAGGCAAGAGAUCUCCAAGAAGCGCCUCCGGAUUGAAUGGGUGGACACCAAGCGAAUGGCUGCAGAUGGACUUACCAAGAUCCUACGCGGCCAUUUGACACAGGAAUAA